AUGGAGCAAAGAAAAUCAUUUUCUGCAGCCAUUAGUUGUGAAAAAUGUGGGAUAACGUUUAAAGAAAGGAAAAAUUUAAAUGCUCACUGUAGAAAUUUCCAUCCAGAGCAAAAUUACCUCAUCAAGAGCAAUCAAAUUUGUGGACUAUGUAGUGGGGCUUUUAGGACGAUAGUUAAAUUGCAAGAGCAUAUGCAGAGUCAACAUUCCAUAAAUCUCAACUACAUCAAUGAGACUUUUUACUCAGCUCAAGACUUUCUGAACUGGAAAGUGAGAAUUGAGAAAGAAAGCCAGUCUUCCUAUAUACUUCGAAACUCCUCUGAAAAAAAAGAUGUAGGAAAAAAAUUAUCUUAUUACAUCUGCCAUCGCAGUGGCUGCUUUAAGCCAAAGGGAGGAAAAAUUCGCCAACUCAAAGCGUCGGGAUCGAACAAAUCUGGUUACACUUGCCCUGCAGUUAUAAAAGUGUGUACAGAAACUAUCGAUGGGAUUUCUGAAAUAAAGGUUUUGUACCAAUCUGUUCAUGUCGGACAUGAAAUGGAGGUUGGAAGAUUGCGCUUGACAGAAGAAGAAAGGACAGAUAUUGCUGCAAAUCUUCAUCUCGGAAUACCCAUGACAAAAAUACUAGAUGAAACAAGACGUAACUUUUCUCCAAAAAAUCGUCUCAGUUUGACAACCAGGAAAGAUUUGUGUAACAUAAAGAGUGGCUUUAAAAUUCAAGAGGAAACAGUUAUGCAUCAAGAUGAUGCUACUUCCAUCGACAUACUAGUUAAAAAAUUAAAAAAUGACGAGAAAAAUCCGGUGCUUAUUUAUAAGCCAGUUGGAGAAAUUUUACAAGAUUAUCCUUCUGUACGUCAAAACGAUUUUUUAUUUGGACUAAUGAAUGAUGCCCAAGAAAAAUUGCUUGAAAUAUACGGGAAUGCAUGCAUUAUGAUUGACUCGACCCAUGGAACAAAUCAAUAUGGGUUCGAGUUAACAACGGUAAUGGUGCACGACGAAAAUCAUGAAGGUUUGCCAGUUGCUGUAUUAGUACUCAAAUUACAUUAA